UGUGUGUUCAAGGUAACAAACACAACUUAUAUAAAAACAAGUCAAAGAGGAUAGUUUUGCUUGUCUAUCUGGAUUUAAAUCUCCCCUGUGGUGGGAGGUCUUCUUCUGGUGGUUUCGGGGGAGGGCGUGUGAAUGUGACUGUCACCCACAGAUGAGUUGGAUCUGUCUCUGGAUGAAUGUGAGGAGAGGGAUGUCCAAGCCAUCAGGAACAAGCAAACAUUAGCUGAUUGGUGGCAAUCGGUUGACAUUUAGGCUGGGGGGGGACUCAAUCAUGGGUCGUCUUUGUGAAGAUCUUAGCAGCUGGGAGUGAAGACAAGCGUGAAGAAGAAGAGCCUUCAACAGUUUUGGAGACAGCCAUGUCAGGAAUACUUGGAAAGGGAAAGCCGGGUGCUGAAUGUAACCUGGUCCUGCUGGGAGUGACGGGCUGCGGGAAGUCAGCUCUCACAGUCAAGUUUCUAACAAAGCGCUUCAUCGGCGAAUAUGACCCAUGCCUCGAGGACAUCUACACAUCAGAGGAGAUUGUGGACCAGCAGCUUGUUACAGUCAGAGUCAUGGACACCUGUGACCAGGGGCUGCCAGUGAACUGUGAACGCUACCUGUCUUGGGCCAAUGCGUUCCUGGUGGUUUAUAGCAUCAACAAUGUGGAGAGUUUUCAUGGCUGCCAGCUGUACCUGCAGAUUCUUUCCUCGCACAACAAAACCUUCAGACCACAAACUCCGAUCAUCUUGCUGGGGAACAAGCUGGACAUGGACAGAUACAGGCAGGUGAGUCAGUGCGACGCAGAGGCAUUGGCGACCCGUUUCGGCUGUUUGUUCUUCGAAUUGUCGGCCUGUCGGGACUUUGAAUCUGUGCAGCACGUCUUUUAUGAGGCUGUCAGAAGAUCCAACAGAGGGACAGAGCGGGGCGGAUCGGUCAGGCCCAUGUUUGUCGAGGCAUUUGUUGAAGACAAAGCCCUCAAUCUACCCUCUUUUUUCACCCCAUGCUACAAGGAACUUCCUGCUCCUGCCACAGCCAAGCUGGUGACGGUGAAAACGUCCAGAGCCCAGAGCAAGCGCAGGGCCACCACGUUCACUUUGCUCAAGGGCUUCAAGAUUUUUUGACACUGAUGACUUUGGAUGAUGGGGGCAGAGGACCAGAGACGUGAGGAGAGCUGCUGCCCAGGAAAAUAUGUGAUUGUCUCACAAAUGGGACAUGCUUUUGUGUGUCAGAUUUGCUGUUGUUGAAAGUGAAAAUUUUCAUCAAAUUUAUAUAUAAUUGACUAAUGUUUAUUUGGCAGAAAAAUUACCUUAUUAAAUAUACAAUGUUGUUGAUUCAUUUAAGAAGGAAGAAUGAGUUUAAACCUGCUUGACCCUUUGUAGAAAAGCAAUUACCCCCUAAAUGUAUUAGUUGCCUGUGUUAUCUUUUACAGCAAUGGCAAUCCAGCAUUUUGUUUUUCUGGUUUUGAACAUUUGCUUUGGUGAUUUUCGCUCAAAAUACAUGUUUAAACUCAGAAACGUGCAGGUUUUUCCAGGGUGUACAUCUUUUAAGAUCUGGUAACAGUAACUAUGUUUAUAUUAGUUGGAAUUGAUUUAUUUUAAGCAAUCAAAACAAAAGAUACUACAGACUACAAGCAAAAUAGAUCUAUACAUAGAUAUAUCCAGAAUUAAAACGUUAAAAGUAAAACAGAUACAUAUCCAUAAAUAUUAAGGUUGUUAACGUUAUACAGCGUAUUCCAAAAUAUUAUGUAAAUUGUUAUUAUUAUGUGAAAUCCUCAUUGCAAAUGACAGUCAGUGUGAUGUUUAAGUCACUAACCAUUAGAGCAUAUAUUAAAUGUUAUUGAACAAAC